AACGCCCAAACCAACCAAUAUAAAACACAAGCCCCAAAAAUCAGAUAUCAACCAAACGGGCCCUAGGUUUACAAAUCUGAAGAACACGAGAGCAUAGUCGUCUUCAACAACGAGCUUCAACAAAUCAAAGCCCUCGCGUUUCAAUCAAUCAGCUCAAUUGCAUGGGUGACAGUGAGACAGUGGUAACUCAGACAAAAUCUGUGAUGGCCUACACAUCCACUGAAUAUGCCUCAACAGAUAAUUAUAAUGAAAAUGCUGCAUCUGAUGCCGUCACAUCUGAUGCUGGCACUGUUGGAAAUGUACCUUCUAAAAUUUCUGCUGGAAGUGGAGAUAUGGAAGUUCUUACUGAUGUGAUGGUGACAGAUAAUACAUCUGAGCACACACAAAAUCUAACUGAUGAAAAUGGAAACCAAAAUCUUGCCAAGGAGGAGGUUCCUACUACAACAAAUGAUGUUAGUGAAAAUGUUGCCAAUUCUGCUAGUGAAUCAAUGGACACAACACAUGUCUCUGCUUACAAUUCUUUAAAUGGCAUUGAUGCUACUGAAGCUAAAAAUGUUGUCUCAGAUGUUGGUGAGAAUGGAACUACCGCAGUUGCCAAUGAAUUCAUGUCCGAAGCUCCUGCAUUGUCUGCUGAAGAAGAAAGACUUUGGAGUAUAGUAAGAGCUAAUUCUCUGGAAUUUGAUGCUUGGACUGCCUUGAUUGAAGAGACUGAGAGAGUAGCAGAGGGACAAAUAUCAAAGAUUCGUAAAGUUUAUGAUGCUUUUCUAGCAGAAUUUCCUUUGUGUUAUGGCUAUUGGAAAAAGUAUGCAGAUCAUGAAGAACGUAUGGGUUCUAGUGACAAAGUUAUCGAGGUCUAUGAACGGGCAGUACAAGGAGUAACCUAUUCUGUAGACAUGUGGUUGCAUUAUUGUGUAUUUGCCAUCAACACAUAUGGAGACCCUGAUACUGUUAGAAGGCUAUUUGAACGGGGUUUAGUCUAUGUUGGAUCAGACUUUCUAUCUUACACUAUGUGGGAUAAAUACAUUGAGUAUGAAUACACGCAGCAGGAAUGGUCUCGUCUUGCCAUGAUCUACACACGGAUAUUAGAGAACCCUAAUCAGCAACUGGAUCGGUACUUCACCAGCUUCAGGGAACUAGUUGCACAUCGGCCUCUGUCGGAGUUGAGAACUGCUGAAGAAACAGCUGCUGCAGCUGCAGCUGCAGUUGGCGCCACUGGUCAAGAAAUUGAGGGCGAGGUUCAUCCCAAUGCUGUGGAGUCUCCGAAGCCUGCCAGUGCUGGCAUAACAGAAGCUGAGGAGCUGGAGAAGUAUAUCACGAUUAGAGAAGAAAUGUAUAACAAAGCUAAAGAGUUCCAAUCUAAGAUCAUUGGUUUUGAAACAGCUAUAAAGAGGCCUUACUUUCAUGUUCGCCCACUUAAUCCUGUAGAACUUGAAAACUGGAAUAACUAUCUUGAUUUUAUAGAAGCUGAAGAUGACUUCCAAAAGGUUGUCAAGCUAUAUGAACGAUGCCUGAUUGCUUGUGCCAAUUAUCCCGAGUAUUGGAUACGUUAUAUUUUGCAUAUGGAAGCCAGAGGAAGUACAGAUCUAGCGGAGAAUGCACUUGCUCGUGCUACUCAAGUCUUUGUCAAGAGACGACCUGAGAUUCACCUUUUUGCUGCUCGAUCUCGAGAGCACUCUGGAGAUAUUCCAGGGGCUCGUGCUGCUUAUCAACUUGUGCACGCUGAAAUUGCACCAGGUCUCAUGGAAGCAAUUGUUAAACAUGCAAAUAUGGAACAUCGACUAGGGAAGGCCGAAGAUGCAUGUUCCUUGUAUGAACAGGCCAUUGCAAUUGAAAAAGGAAAAGAACAUUCCCAGACCUUGCCACAGUUGUUUGCUCAAUACUCUCGAUUUGUUUAUUUGGUUUGCGGGAAGGCGGAAAAAGCAAGGGAAAUUCUUGAGCAAGCACUUGAAAUUUGCCAACCAUCAAAAUCACUUCUGGAGGCAGUUAUUCAUUUAGAAUCAAUUCAGUCAACCCCAAAACGGAUAGAAUUUCUUGAUUCAUUGAUCAAUAAAUUUAUUGCACCUAAUCCUGAUAACCCUAGCGCUGCAAGUUUUAUUGACAGAGAGGAGCUAUCAAGCAUCUUUUUAGAGUUUUUGGAUCACUUUGCGGAUGCUCAUUCUGUUAAGAAGGCUGAAGAUAGGCAUGCCAAAUUAUUCUUUGUGCACAAGAGCACAUCAGAAUCCAAGAAAAGGCAUGCAGAUGACAUUCUGCAAUCUGACAAAGCAAAGCUAGCUAAAUCUGGUUAUUCAUCCUCCCCAUCAGUGAUGGGUGCCUAUCAAAGCACACAAAACCAAUGGCCAGCAGGUUACGGUGCACAACCUCAAGCCUGGCCUCAAGCUACACAAGCCCAAGCACAGAACUGGAACCCUGCCUACCCUCAGCAGCAGGCUGCAUAUGGUGGUGCUUAUGGAAAUGCGUAUGCCCAGCCACAAGUACAAACAUCUGUGCCCCAAGCAGCUGCUGCUACUGCUUAUGGUGCCUAUCCUCCUGCAUAUACAGUUCAGCAGGCUUAUCCCCAGCAAACUUAUGUGCAAGCAGCUACGCCAGCACCUCUAGCUCCAGCUCAGCAACCUGCUGCUGCUGUUGCCCCACAAGCAUAUUAUGGCACUUACUAUUGAGUCGACAAAUGUUGCAUAUGAUUCUUCAGUUUGUAGCUCAGAUAUUUUGUUAUUGGGUCUGUUUGCGGCACCUUGUAGUUAGAACGUUAAUUUAAGCAGUGUACUGUGUUGAGGUUGUUAGUUUAAUUGACAUCUGUUUUGCAUGUUA